UCUCCAUGCUCUGAGCAUAACACCAUUUAAACGGAUCAUGCGUUCUGCGAGUGAAAUCACUCUUUUCCCAGACGAUAUAGAUCUUGAGCCAAGCCGGUGCAACACAGAAGAGCAUAGAGGAUCUUGUCCUAUAAAAACAGUCUGGUUGAGCAGAAACUCUCCAACCUACAAAACAAAUGGGGCUUUUUGACAAGCUUACGGGUUGGCUGGGUCUCAAAAAGAAAGAAGUAAAUGUACUGUGUUUGGGUCUGGACAACAGCGGGAAGACUACCAUCAUCAACCAGUUAAAGCCGUCCAAUGCUCAGGCUCAAGACAUCGUCCCAACCAUUGGUUUCAGCAUAGAAAAGUUUAAGAGCUCUGGUCUCUCUUUCACAGUUUUCGACAUGUCGGGGCAAGGCAGGUACAGAAAUCUCUGGGAACACUAUUACAAGGAUGGUCACGCCAUCAUAUAUGUGAUUGACAGUGGAGAUAAACUAAGAAUGGUGGUGGCAAAAGAUGAACUGGACACACUUUUGAAUCAUCCUGACAUUAAGCACAGGAGGAUACCCAUUCUGUUCUUUGCCAACAAGAUGGACCUCAGAGAUGCAUUGUCUGCUGUAACAGUUUCCCAACUCUUGUGUCUAGAAAACAUUAAGGACAAACCCUGGCAUAUCUGUGCCAGUGAUGCAGUGAAAGGGGAAGGCCUUCAGGAGGGUGUAGAAUGGCUACAGGAUCAAAUCAGAGCGAUGAAAACGUAAAACCAACCUGAAAAACAGAAUCAUCACAGCUGCAAUGGAACUAGACCAAAGCAGGAUUAAGAAAUGUUUUGGAUUGUAUCUGUAUGUUUUACGCUGGACCUGAUUUUGCCAAGUGGUUGAUGUCCUCAGGGCAACAUAUUUUGUGGACAUCAACCACUUGGCAAAAUCAGGAGAGCCAUGUUUUACACCUGAACCUAGUGAUGAUCAGUUGGGAUCAUCUGAGCUCUGUGUUAAGACUUAUAUGACAAUGCAUUCAACUUUUGGUCGUUUUGCACCUUCCACGAGUUUUGCUUUAGUAAAUAUUACACAACUUUAAGAUUAAUUUAAAUUUUAUAAACCAUUGUUCUAAAACACUUUUUUGUUGAUAUCUGUAAGACAGAGAUCAUAAUUUAAACUUUACCACACAUCUUGUUUGCUAAUGCAAACUGUAUAGUAAUGCUUUUAAGAAACAGCAGAUCUCCAAUAGCAAAUACACAUAGUUUGAUAUUUAAUAUCUACUAUAACUAUGUUUGUUUAUGUAGAAUGAAUAGAAAACUCUGAAUUGUAAAACUAGUUAAAGCAUUUUAUUAGAUGGCAUAUUAGUAGUGCCGUUUAGUCACUAUGUUAGUAUGAUAUACUUUUCAUGCAUUUUAUGCUUGUUGCCUCUGAACCAUAAUGAAAAUGUUUUUUGCUUUGUUUUUUGCUGAAAGUAUGACACGUCUAUUGAUCACAAAAAAACAAUCCUCUUUGUUUUGGACCUAUUUAUUUUGCAUAAGCAUUUUGUUUAAAAGCGUAAUGUUACGGUUGCUGUAUGGUUUGUUUUGUGAAGAGAGCAUGUUUUUAAUUUUCUCAAUGUUUUACAAGUAAUUAGCAAAUGUGUUUUUCUUGCCGUUUUUAAGAACUUUUAAGGGAUCUUGUAAUAGAAUGUUUAAAGAAUAAACAGACACCAAGGAGC